AUGGAGCCGCUGCCGGUUAACUGUACCGCGGUGGCGAUUGAUAAGGACAAGCAUAGUCAAUAUGCCGUGAAAUGGGCAGUUGAUCAUCUUUUGUCUAGCACCCAUUUCCUCAUCUUGAUCCAUGUCAAGCAGAAAAACCCCAUUGGAAUUGAUGGAGCUAUGGAGGGCAUUGAAUCCGAUCCACAAAGUAUAUUCAUUCCAUAUCGUGGAUUUUGUGCUCGCAAAUCGGUACAAGUAAGAGAGGUUGUUCUAGAAGAUACUGACGUAGCUAAAGCUAUUCUGGACUAUGUAAACAACAACUACAUCACUAACAUUGUUAUGGGCGCAUCUUCACGAAAUGCUCUUAAGAAAACUUUUAAAAAGGCUGAUGUACCAAGCCAUGUGACCAAAUAUGCACCCGAGUUUUGUUCUGUGUAUGUGAUUGCUAAGUCGAAAUUGUCCAAUUUACGAUCUGCUCAACGUCCUUUUGGAAAUACUCCAUCUUCGCCUAAGCUUCCAUCUUCGUCAUUUGGACUAACAAAUCAGCUUUCGGUUGAACAUCCACCUAUAGAUGAUUUGAGCACGAGGAUCUUCCUAGACGGAAGCUCGAAAUGGGUCAAAGUUACACCAUGUUGCUGUAAUCCUCCCAAAAUAUCCGAAAUCAGAAUUUCAGACACAGUAACCAAUUCUGGGAGACCAUAUUACAAGUGUAGAUUUUGUGGAUUCUUUGCCUGGAUGAAUGAGGAUGAUAUAGUCCGAUCGGCCGAGGAAGUUGUUGCAGAGCAAAGGAUGAUAGUCAUUGUAAAGGAAACAUUGGAUGAGUUUGUUAAGUACAUCAAAAUUGUUGUCAAGGUUGCUGUGAUAAUGUACUUUGUUCAUUUUGUUUUUGUUGUAUCAAUGUGAUGUAUGUAUGUACCGACCUAUUCCAUAAUCUAUAUAUACUUCCUUAGCUUGAAAUUGU